AUGAUAACCGAUUUCUUAUGGCUUUCAAUACUCUCUGUCAAUUUCUGUCUGUGUGCACUGCCCAGUGAGAGAGCCGAUAAAUUUACGGAUGUCGAGGUGGAAGCUGUGGUGAAUGGAAUCCUUCUCGGACAAUCCACGCAGCGAUCUGUUGAGAUGACAAAUGAGCUGUCUGAGCCCCUUCAAAUUGACUGUGGCUCUGAAGAGGACGAUCUCGGUAAUCUGACAAUCAAGCCACAUCAUCGAAUUGUGUGGAGUUUUCCUGUUACUGAAGAAACGUGGUACGAAUGUGAGCUAACUGCAAAUGGUGGCAGGCAUAAAAUUUUUGAGAUCUUCCCAGGCCCUCGAAAAAUCGGCCUCAAGAAGAAAAGACUUCAGUGGAUUAUCAGAGCUGAUGGAAUUUAUGAAGGAGACGAAUUUGGCAACUGGGUUCUUCACAAACCGAAAAGGUGGCACGUCUGGAAAUAC